AUGGGCAAGAUGGAGACCAAUGUGAAAAAGAGGGAACAGUGGGGGAAGAAAAGGGAAUUUAUCCUGGCAGCAGCCGGCAAUAUGGUGGGCCUGGGCAAUGUGUGGAGAUUCCCCUACCUGUGCUAUAAGAACGGAGGAGGUGUCUUCCUGUUGCCUUACUGCUUCUUUGCUGUGCUGUGUGGCGUGCCACUCUUCCUGCUGGAGACUGUGAUUGGCCAGUAUACACAGGAGGGUUCUCUCACCUGCUGGACCAAGAUCUGCCCGCUGGCACAGGGGACUGGCUAUUCUAUCAUUAUUAUCCAGCUUUAUUCCAGGGUCUACAGUAUUAUCCUGGCCUGGGCCCUCCUCUACCUCAUCUAUUGUUUCAGAGACCCUCUGCCAUGGGCCACAUGCAACAAUCCCUGGAACACAGAUAGUUGUGUGGAUCUCACCUCUGCAAACUGGACUGCAAAACACAGUGGCAACCUGACGUCAAACUGGACAGCUGGAAAUCUGCCCAAGUCUUCAGUCUCUUUGUUCUGGGAGAGAGAAGUGUUGUCCAUGUCCGGGGGAAUAGAGGAGGUUGGUACAGUAAAGUGGAAGUUGCUGCUAUGUCUCCUGGCCUGCUGGGUGGCCUGCUACUUCUGCGUCUGGAAAGGGGUCCGCUCCACAGGAAAGGUGGUGUAUUUCACGGCCGUGUUCCCCUAUGUGACGUUGGCCAUACUUCUGAUCAGGGGGUUGACGUUGCCAGGAGCCUGGCAGGGUGUGGUCUACUACCUGUACCCAGAUCCUUCUCGCCUGGCAGACUUUCAGGUGUGGAUGGAGGCCUGCUGUCAAGUCCUUUUCUCCUAUGGUGCUGCAUCAGGAACCAUAAUCACACUGGGAAGCUACAACAAAUUCAAUAACAACUGUUACAAGGACAGUCUGUGGUUGUGUUUGCUCAACAGUGGCACCAGCUUCGUUUCUGGCUUCGCAGUCUUCUCAGUUCUUGGCUUCAUGGCCCAUAAACAGGGAAUUCCCAUCAACAUGGUGGUUGAAUCAGGCCCUGGACUGGCAUUCAUCGCCUUUCCUCAGGCUGUAGCCCUGAUGCCCCUGCCCCAGCUGUGGGCCGCCUGCUUCUUCAUUAUGCUCAUUCUGUUGGGACUGGACACACUGUUUUCAGGUUUGGAAACUAUAACAUCGUCAGUGAUUGACAUGUUCCCAGGAGAGAUGCGCAGGCCGUGGCGCAGGGAAAUCUUCCUCCUCUUCUUCUGCUCCAUAAGCUUCAUCAUACAGAUCUCUCUCACCACUGAGGGAGGAGUGUACCUGUUCCAGCUGGUGGAUUACUAUGGUGCUAAUGGAUCAUGUUUAUUAUUUGUGUCUGUGGUCCAGUGUGUGGCCUUUGGCUGGGCUUUUGGGGCUGAGCGGAUGUGUGUUGCAGUGGAAGAAAUGACAGGACAGAGGCCGUCUAUUCUUUUCAAACUGUGCUGGCGGUACUUCACCCCUCUGAUCUGCCUGGUUUGCUUCAUCACCUCAUUUCUGGACUACAAGCCCCUGACAUCCAGCGGGGGCUAUGUGUACCCAAACUGGGCCUACUAUCUGGGCUGGGCCAUGGCUCUCUCCUCUGUGGUUGUUAUACCCAUCUGGGCUGUCGGCAAGAUCUGCCUAACAGAGGGCACCCUCAGACAGCGUCUGUUGGUCCUCUGGCGAUCUUAAUCCUGUUGGUCCCUUGACAAAUAAAGAACAUAUUCUAAAUGAAACAGAAAUCAAACCA